AACGUUAGUUGGAGCUCGAGGUUCCUGAGCACACAACGUGUCGUCCUGAGGUGUAUGGACUUCUGAUAAAUUCGGGUGUUUGCAGCAGAAUUGGGAAAUUUUUACACCUCACGUCUCCAAGGCUGGACUUUUAUCCAAUUUUUGACAAUGAAUUUCGUCCUUCUUCUUGGAGUUCUUGUUCUGCCGGCUCUUAUAUGUGCCGACGAGGAGAUUGACCAAAAAUUACUCCAGUGUUUGGUUUGCAGAGCGACAAUUGAAGAAGUGGAGAACGUUCUGAAUAAAAUUGAUCCCUCUCAUCAAGUAGAGGUAGGAAAUUACCGUCUGGAUGCUACGGGAAAUAUUUUGAAGAAAAAGGUGUCUAAAAGAUCGUCUGAAGUUCACAUUUCAGAAAUUCUCGAUAAUAUCUGCGAUAAAUUGGAUGAUUACGUGAGAGCAACAUACAAAUCAAAUGGCAGAUUAACUGUCUUGCGACUGAUGACUCCAGAAGGUCAGAUGAAUCCGGAAAUCAGCAAUGUUGAUAUUAUUCAGGAUGGAGAUUUAAACAAAAGCCUCAAAUACUACUGCCAAGAAAUCGUCGAUGAAUACGAGGACCCGAUGAUUGAGCUGUUCCAGAAAGCGGGGUCUGAUGUUGUCAAUGACAUCUGCACGAGAGAAACGAGCAUUUGUACGGACGAGCUUCCACCUGAAGACGAGGAAGAGGAGUCCCAGGAUACUGAGCGGGACGAACUUUGAGAAAUAAUAUUAGGACAUUUUUUUGUAAAUAUCAAAGGAGACUGAUCCUCGCUCCUCUCCAACACUUAUGAUCCUUACUAAAAAGGUGUAACAGCGUACUUCGCCAAUGUCCAAGAGUUCAAAGAUCUCUAUAUUUUUUAUAAAUCCUUGGAAAUUGAUUAUAUACAACGAGAAGCAUACAUCAGGGAUUGAACUUAGGGAUUUCUAUUUUUUGGCAAUAAAUUUUAGUUAUUAAUUA